AUGGCUCCGGUCCAAGGCGACAUCCCUCUUGCAUGUCAGCACUUGGUGCACCCCACGGAUCUUAUUUCCUUCGCGACCAUCGCCCACGCUCACUUCGUCCUCCAAGUUCCCACCAGCCUUGGAUUCGACGAUGCGAAAGAGACCGAGUCACCUUGCGGCUCGUUCUCCGCAACGGACCGGAGCACUGGCGUCACCAACUAUCCCAUUGCCGGCGCACCUGUCCAGAUGUUGACCACGCACACUUCGCAGACGGGCGUGGGGACCUUUUGCCUGCCCCAGGUGCCCGUAAACGCUGCCUGGGCAGGCCAGGACGCUAUCCUGCAGGUGAUCCAGCAUGGUCCUGACGGGACUCUGUUCCAGUGCGCUGCCAUCAAAUUCGUCACUGGAGGUGCUGCCGACGUUCCCGGUAGCUGCGUCAGCACCGACAUCACUGCGUCUUUUCUUGGUGGAGGGGCCUCGAGUUCGUCAGCCCCUUCAUCCACGCCUCCAGCUGCCUCGUCCGAGCAAGCAAGAAUUGGUUGA